AAUUUCAUAUUGAAAAAAGUUGAACAACAUAACCUUGUCAAAAAAUUCAACAAUAUUCUUCUUGGUACAAUAUAUGAUAUCAUGUUAAAUAUUCGAGAAACUAAAGUUAGAUAUGCUGCACAUAAUUUGGAUAAUGAUAUGAAAAAAUAUGAAUUUGCUAGUUUUAAUAUAAACAAUUAUUCAAUCAAAGUUAUCAAAUUGAGUCAAAAAUAUCAAGCCAGAUUAGUCAUUAUUCCCUGUAAAAAUAUAAAUAAUUGUCUAGUGCCAGAUCUUGAUUUCACUUCAAUGUAUCUGACCACAAUUAUAACAAUGAACAUUUCUUUGGAAACUGAAGUUCUUACCACUUCAUCUGAUCUAUCACUAAAUACAAUCUUCGAUAAUAAUCAAAUAAUCAUGAAAUUUAAACCUUACUAUGAUCAAGAAGAAAAGAUGGUGUUAAUGCUAUUGAUGUAUAAAAAGCUAUUAGAAGAACAUGCUAAGGCUAAAAGAUUAAUAAAAGAAUAUAAAAAUAAUCCUGUCAAAUUAGCAUACUUCUUAUCAAAGUCCAAUGCAUUAAAG